ACGUAGGACGUAAACACAGAUCAGCUGUUGGCGAGGACGGCGCCGUGGAUGCCUCCUGCAAUCGUGACGACCGAGAGAUCACAGUGAAUUCUUCAUGCCACUCUCGCCUCAUUUAGCGGACGGAAAUGCGGGUUCCCAGGCUGAUAAGAACCCUUCCGAUGAGGAAACAAACCGUGAUAGGAACGCUGUUAGCCGUGACACUCCUCUUCAUUAUUUACCAGUUUAAUUUCGUGGCGGAGCUCGGCGAGUCGGCCAAGGCUAGGAAUCAGCAACAGAAGCUAACGAAGGAAAGCGAUAAGAAAGGCGAAGCGAUAGAAGGGAAGAGGGUUCACCCGAGGGACGUCCGUGUGCCCAAAGAUGCCCAAGCUAGUUCCAAGGCAGACGCAGCGGAGAGGAUGGACAAAAGGCACAGCUCAAGACUCAAGAAACACACUCCAGCCCAAGCAGAGCACGCUAAGGAGCCAGGUUUCACUUGCCGCGCAUCUGGCCGAGUCAUUUCGCAAGACAAGGUUAAUGACGACUACUGUGACUGUCCGGAAGAUGGAUCAGACGAGCCAAGGACUAACGCUUGCACGAACUCGAAAUUUAGGUGUCAGAAAGUCACGAAGGGAUUCUUUAGUGUGAUUCCUUCAGCCUGGGUAAACGAUGGAGUGUGCGACUGUUGUGACGGGUCAGACGAGUGGCUCCAGAAGAAAAUGGACUUGAUUAUAUCGAGGGAAACCCAGAAGAAAGUUGGCCGCUAUUUGUCUCCGUGUCCUAAGGUGUGUUAGGACUGAAGCUAGAGUCUCUGUUCAGAAGGUGAAAAAUGCAUCUUGAGUAAAGGAAAAGAACUUCUUUAAGUAAAUCUGUACAAAAGCUAAAGGAUUUUUUAAGUAGUCCCAAGAAUUUCAGAAUUUUUUAAAUAUUCCAAAAAAUAUUCCAUAAAUAGAUGCAUUAUGACUGGUAACCAUAUAAGAAUUUAGAUAGCCUGUGAAAAUGUAAAUAUUUAUGAAUAGUAUUGAAAAUAUGUAAUAAGUUAAUGUUUGAAAUAUUUUGUUUGUAACUCUUGGCAUGAAAGCUUAUUUAAUAUUUUCAUUAUGUAUGUAAAUAUAUUAUUUUUACUUUUUAUUUAUUAUAUUUGAUUUAUCUGAAGGUGUGUCAUAACAGCAAACUUGUUUUGAUGAAUCUUCCUAUUGAUAGCAAAGACACUUUAAUUUAAAGAUGUAUUGCUAUUAGGUUUGUUUUUGUUUACUUUGUCAGUUUUAUUUUAUUUGUCUUUAAAGUAUUCCAGAAUAUAUUUUAACUUUGGGUGUGUUGGAAAACAGGAGCUUAUUAAUGUGGUUUAACAUUCCAUUAUCUGUAGGGUUAUAAGUGCAGAUUAUAUUAGAGAAUAAAUAGACAAUUUUUGCUUUGGUAUGGAUCAUAUAGCUAUAUUUUAGUAAUGAACAAAGUCAGAGUAAUGUUUGGACAAAGUAUUUAUUGCUGGUUACAUUUCAGAGUCUGUAUGUAUGUUAGCUGUCUUUUCAAUAUGAGGGAUGACCAAAUUAGCACAUGUAACAUUGCACCAAUAUAACUUUCACAUAUUCAACAUGUUUUCAUAGGGUACCUUAGAAUAAUAUAUUGUACUGUGUAAAGUGAAAAUAGUGCGUUAAACCUUAAAUAAUGUUCAUUAGUUUUGUUUUUUAUAUGUAUCUUCUUAAGAUAUUAUUACCAUAUCAUUGAAUUAUAUUUAGUACACUUUUACUGAACAAUGAUAGUAUAAUUUAUUUGUAUUUUUGUGUGAUGGAAUUUUAUAAACUGGUUCUUUAAUUUGCUGUGGUUAGCAUUUCUCUGUAUAUUUUUGUUAAGAAAUUCAGAACAUGAAGCAAAGUGAAGCUUCAGUAGAUGCCAAGGCUCUGAGAUUCCUAACAAUUUGGAUUGUUUUUCCCUUUAUUUUCAUCAGUGUAUUGAAUUAAUUUUACAGUCUGUAUCAGUGUUGGAUAAUUUGUUUCGGCAGAACGUGCUGAUGAUUAAACAUUUAUAAAAUCUUGAA